AUGUCUCACCCUAUACGAAAGGCCGCUGAGCCUCAGCACGCUGCGUCUUUUGACCCAUGGAACUCAUCGUCAACCGGUCACCAACGUCCGGAAUCACGCCCCGGAACUGGCUGGUGCGAGUCCCGUAACCGCAAGCUCAACAGCCAAUUCCGUAGCGGCUUAUCUGGUGGCAAGCGUCUAAGCGACACAUGGGGCGCUGGCUCAGAGGAUUACGAUGUGAAGCGCAAAAUGUUGGUCCCCAAGGCUGUGAAAGAGAGGGCACAGCGGAGUGUGAAGGAUAUGCUCGUGCAACCAAGCAAGAUGCGUGAGAGUUUGGGGGUGAAGGAUGAGGCUCAGGGAAAAGGACAAGAAGCACCCAUGGAGUCAAGAAAACUGGAGGAUGAAGCGAGAGAGGCAGAACUGUCUUCCCGAAGAAUGUUUGAUGGAGUAGUUGUUUACGUGAACGGGAGUAGUUUUCCUCUCAUAUCAGAUCUCAAGCUGAAGCAGCUUGUUACCGAACAUGGAGGCCAGAUGUCACUGCACCUCGGACGCCGGAAAGUCACCCAUGUCAUAUUAGGAAGGCCAGCUGGAGGAUACACGGGUGCUGGAGGAGGUCUUGCUGGUGGGAAACUAGAAAAGGAGAUUCGGAGAACGGCUGGAUGUGGAGUUAAGUUUGUUGGUGCUGAAUGGUACAUGAUUCUCGAAAGCCUGCAGGCUGGAAAAAGACUACCCGAAGCACGCUUUUCCAAUACUAAGAUAGCACCCAAGGCACAGGUCAGUGUCUAUAGCCUCUUCUCGAGGCAGUCGAGUGGCCAGUCUUCUAAGGACUGA